UCACACAGAACAUUUGCAUUUUCGACAGUCGGAGCAGCUGUUUGUGUGUCGGGCGUAGGAGCGAAUCCCGUGGUGAAAAAUUGUGACAUAUCGGAUUGCGAGAACGUCGGACUCUAUGUCACCGACUACGCGCAAGGGACUUACGAGGACAAUGAGAUCUCCAGAAACGCGUUGGCCGGGAUUUGGGUGAAAAAUUACGCGAACCCCAUCAUGCGGAGGAAUCACAUUCACCACGGAAGGGACGUCAGUAUAUUCACGUUCGACAACGGUCUCGGGUACUUCGAGGCGAACGACAUUCAUAAUAAUCGACUGGCGGGUUUCGAGGUGAAAGCUGGUGCUAAUCCGACGGUGGUGCAUUGCGAGAUCCACCACGGCCAGACGGGCGGGAUUUACGUGCACGAGAACGGUUUAGGUCAAUUUAUCGACAACAAGAUCCAUUCGAAUAAUUUCGCCGGCGUUUGGAUCACCUCCAACUCGAACCCGACGAUCCGCAGAAACGAAAUCUACAACGGCCACCAAGGGGGCGUAUACAUAUUCGGCGAGGGACGAGGUCUGAUAGAGCAUAAUAAUAUUUACGGCAACGCUUUAGCCGGCAUCCAAAUCAGAACGAACUCGGACCCCAUCGUCCGACACAACAAGAUACAUCACGGACAGCACGGCGGCAUAUACGUGCACGAGAAAGGACAAGGCUUAAUCGAGGAGAACGAGGUCUAUGCCAAUACUUUGGCAGGUGUCUGGAUAACCACCGGGUCCACGCCGGUACUUAGAAGGAAUCGUAUUCAUAGCGGGAAACAGGUCGGAGUUUAUUUUUAUGACAACGGACACGGUAAACUAGAGGACAAUGAUAUUUUCAAUCAUUUGUAUUCGGGAGUACAAAUAAGGACUGGAAGCAAUCCAGUGAUACGUGGGAAUAAGAUAUGGGGCGGACAGAACGGCGGUGUUCUUGUGUAUAAUAGCGGAUUCGGUUUACUCGAACAAAAUGAGAUUUUUGAUAACGCGAUGGCAGGAGUUUGGAUUAAAACUGAUAGCAACCCUACGUUAAAAAGGAACAAAAUAUUCGACGGACGGGACGGUGGUAUUUGUAUAUUUAAUGGUGGUAAAGGUGUGCUUGAAGAAAAUGAUAUAUUUCGUAACGCGCAAGCAGGAGUGCUUAUUUCUACGCAGUCUCAUCCUGUAUUGAGGAGAAAUCGGAUCUUCGAUGGACUGGCAGCCGGCGUUGAAAUAACAAACAACGCGACCGCUACACUAGAACUUAAUCAAAUUUUCAAUAAUAGAUUCGGUGGUCUUUGCUUGGCGAGCGGAGUGCAACCGACGACUAGAG